AUGGGCAGCAGCGGCGCCGGCAAGACCACAAUGAUGGACGUCAUCGCCGGCCGCAAGACGGUCGGCCGCACCACCGGCGCCAUCACGAUCAACGGGCGCCCCAAGGACCCCGAGUCCUUCGCCCGCCUGACUGGCUACGUGGAGCAGACGGACGUGCAUGUCCCGCUGCAGACAGUUGGGGAGGCGCUGCGCUUCGCGGCAGCGCUGCGGCUGCCGGCAGGGUUUUCUUCACAGGAGCGCGAGGAGCUGGUGCGGGUGGUGGCGGGGCUGGUUGAGCUGGGGCCGCUGGAGGGCUGCCUCGUUGGCACGCCGGGCGCGAGCGGGCUGUCGGCGGAGCAGCGGAAGCGGCUGACCAUCGGGGUGGAGCUGGUGACCAACCCAUCUGUCAUCUUCAUGGACGAGCCGAGCAGCGGCCUGGACGCCCGCGCGGCGGCGGUGGUGAUGGGCGUCGUGCGCACGAUCGCCGACAGCGGCCGCACCGUCGUGUGCACCAUCCACCAGCCCUCGGCCGCCAUAUUCGCAUCAUUCGACGAUUUGCUCCUCCUGCGCCGCGGCGGGGCGGUUGUCUACAACGGCGCAGCCGCCGGCGUUGUGCCCUACCUCUCGCGCUACGCCCCGGCCCCCGCCGCCGGCCGCAACCCGGCCGGCUGGAUGCUUGAGGUCGUGGCCGCGCUGGCGCCGGGCUCCCGAGCGGGCAUGGGGGCCGGCGAGGCGCCGCCGGACGCAGCGGCGGCGGCGGCUGCGGUUGAUCUGGCAGAGGAGUACGAGCGAUCUGGAAUGGUCGAGGCGGCCGCCCGCCGCGCGUCCGAGGCGGCGGCAUCUGCUGCGGCGGCGGCUGGAAGCGAGCAAACGCCCAGGGAUGAAGAGGCGGCGGCUAGGGCUUGGGAUGAGGUCGAGGCGGCCGGCUCGUCCGCUCAGCCGUGCAGCGGGGCCGCGGCGCCGGGGGCGUGGGUCCAGUUCAGUGCCCUUCUGCAGCGCAACCUUCUGGGAUACUGGCGCAACCCGGGGCACAACAUCCCGCGGUACCUCAUCACGCUGGCCAUGGCGCUGCUGAUUGGCACCGUCGAGUUUGGCAAGAGCAGGCGCGAGCAACUUACGGACGCAAGGGGCGUGCAGAACGCGAUGGGCAGCAUGUACAUGAUCGUGAUCAGCCUGGCGUUUGAGGCGGCGUUCGAGUCACAGAGCGGCAUGGCGCAGGAGCGCAGCGUCUACGCGCGCGAGCGCGCGGCGCGCACCUAUGGGCCAGGCCCCUACCUGGCGGCUCAGGCACUGGUAGAGGCGCCGUUCCUGGCGCCGCAGACGCUGCUCUACACCGCCGUCCUCUACCCCCUGGUCGGCCUGCGCCCCGACGCGGGCGGCUUCUUCUUCGCGCUGCUGGUGGUGUUCCUGUCGGCCGCCUGCAUGAUACUGCUGUCUCAGGCGCUGGUGCAUGUCACGCCGGCGCCCUACCUGGCUUCGUUGCUGCUGAGUGUCAUCGGGGGGUCGCUCUUCAACGUCCUCUGCGGCUUCAUGGCGCCCCUGCCGACGUUGCCAGCGUGGUGGAGGUGGUUCUACUACUCCAACCCCCUGGCUUACUCCCUCUACGCCAUAAGUGCCGACCAGCUGGGGAGCGAGGAGCAGCUCAUGGCCAGCCCCCUGCAGGUCGGCGGCCUGAUCCCGGUUAAGGAGCACCUGUCGGCGGUGUUUGGCAUACAGGCUGGCGGCCGGGGCGUCUUCCCCGGGGAGUGGGGAGCGGUGGGCAUGCUGGGGGUGCUAUCGGCCCUCUACUUCUGCUGCAGCUACCUGGGGCUGCGCUUCCUGCAGCACCAGAAGCGGUGA